AGAUUGAUACUGAUGUAUUACAAGGGAGGUACUCGUUUUCUUGCGUAUUAGCUCGAGUAUCGUUGUGUUGUGGAAUUGUACAGUGCAGAGAAGAUACAGUGCUUGCACAAACCCGAGGCUUUCCUUAAUUUAAGGAGGGAGGGGGUUGGGUUUUGUGCUCUAUCCCAGAUCGAUUUUUGGCAACUCCAACAAUUACAGAGGCUUCAGGCUUCACAGGCCAUUACCUGAUCCUGUCUACGCGGAUUGAUGGGAGGGAAUGACUGAACACAUACCUAACCUUUGGUAUAUUAUUGGAAACUAUAUCUGCAAGGGUAAUUAUUAUGCUGGGAGCUGCAGUAGUGGAUCAAAGAUUCAUUUGGUCCUUUGGAUUCUUUUGUAAUUGUGGGAUUGGGUUUCUUAUACAUUGUUUUGCAAGUUUUCUCCGGUUUUCAUAGGAUCUGUAGGAUUGAGAUUUGCCACAAACAUUUUGGUUGAUUUGUGACUUGGACUGCUCAACGGGUUAUCCAAAAACCCUCUGAGCCUGCCGAUUUAACUCGAAUCACCACUUCGACGAAACCAAUGGGUUUGAUUUAGCCAUGGAUUGACUCCAAUUGAGUUGGGUCCAAUAAAAUCGGAUUGCUUGUCCAUGACACGUUGUCAAAUUUGUUUUCUAAUUCUUGUUUUGAAGGGUUACUCUUGUGAAGAUUCAUCGUCUCCAACCUUCUUGUUUCUGUUGGAAAAUAUCUAAGAGGCUACUCUUUUUGUGUUCCGGUAUAGGUGGUUUUCUCUAGGUUCUUCAUUUUUAUGCUCUAUGACUAAAUUGUAUUCAUCAUUCUUAGCUUCUUACUACCAGUAUAUGUUUAAAUGUCGGGGAACCAAUUGAAAUAGUUCAGCUUCUUUUCUGGAAAAAUGUUUAUUGCAUGAUUGAGCCAACAAUUGGGAAAUAUGCAAGCUACAAGUCAUCUUGUAUGGCUAGUGUAAAUAGCUUCACUUGAUUGAUAAACACGGGCGUGUUUUAUAGUUAGGAUAAACUUGCAUACUGCUUAUCUUGGGAGUCCGGACUGUGCUGUUCUCAUGCAAAACCGGUCAGUUCUGAACCGUUGAUCAUUCAACUGUAUGAUGGAUCUACGGACGAUUUGACACUAGGGUGCCUUCUGCAAAAGGGAAUCUGCUCUGUUGUCAGGACCGUCGGUGGCUGUCCAUUCCCUUGGUUGCAAUCCGGAUCGUUCACAUGUUUCAGAACGAAGAAAUGCAACUGCUUCUACUGUUUGUCUCUCAGCUGUUAGGUUUUACGUUGGCACCACAGCAUCCAGUGACUGAUAGGAACACACAUGGACGAUGAUGACUUAGUAGCAUUCCUCCAAGAUAUGUAGAAAAAGGAAAAUUACCUUGUUCGGAAGACAGAUUUAUGAGAGGUCUAUUCUCGUGUGGUUGAAUUGAAAAAUGGUACAAGACCAGGUUCACUUGUUGGUUCUUUUUUUUAUAUUAUUAUUAUGCACCUCAAAAGAAGUGGCUAUGCGUGGAAAAUUGGCAAUCAAUUUAAACCAUCUGAUUUCUCUUCCGUUUACUAGUGGUCCAUGGAUGAAUGAAUCAUGGCCAGUCAGUUACGAAUUGAUGGGUCCUUUAUGUGACUUGUCGUAGGCCUCGCGAGGACAAAUCCAGAAGGUCUCUCUCACAGUGUCACAUGAUGGGUUUUGUAGCUUCAGGUGCUUCGUUUCGACUACCAUUCAUAUUAUAUGAUUUUAAGUUUACCAGUAACUAAAAGUAGGUGGGAGGCCUCACAUUUUAUAUAAUAGUUGUCAAUAUAGACUUUUUUGUGUAAUAGACUAUUUUAAUGGUUGUCAAUAUAAACUCAUGAUCCAUUUUUUGUUACCAAUACCAUCAACCACGGUUAAUGAAUACAUAUCUUUAGAUUUUACGCUUUGGUAUCAAAUGGUGUUGAAUUUUUUUAAACACUCUUUAGGUCCAGUUGAAAAGAUCAUUUAGAGUUUAUUUAUUUUUAUUUAUUUUUGGUAUUGUUCAUUGCUACGUCCGUGGAUAAAUGAGGAAACACCAAAAAAAACUUUUUUCCUGAUUUGAGCUUUUUUGGCAAGGUAUUAUUUUUAAAUCGUAACAAAAGUUACAAAGACAACAAAAAUUAUUGCCACACAUUUUGGCUGAACGUUGCAAUGUGGUGAUUCAGGAUAGGAUGGAUGGUGGAAGUGACAAUGGUUUCACGUGACUUGACUGAGUCAUUAAUGUCAACUCAACCGAGUCAAAGGCUGAACCAGGGAUACACCCAACUUUUACAGUUGAGAUCAACCAAGAUUUUUUAAAAAAAUAAAAAUUAAGAGAGAAUGAAAAUAAUUGGUCCCAUUCCCAAACACGGUAUAAGCGUCUCGAACACUGACCCAGGAAGGGAGACACAGAGGGAUCCUCUUAUUUUUGUUUUAUUUUGCAAUUUUAUUUAUUUUUUGUUGUUUAUUUUCGCUUUAUUUUCCCUCUCUCUCAACGUCCAUCGAGGAUGACUCUCUGUCUCUCUAUCUAGAAUUGAAUCACAGAUUUAUUAGGGUUUCGGAUCAAUUCUUCGGGGCAAUCCCUCAGCUCCUUUUUCUAGGGUUUCUUUCUAACUCUUUUUCAGGGAUUUCAAUCCUACCAUCAAUGUUAGUCCUCUUUUCUCUUUCGCAAUCUCUUCAGGUCUCACGCUGUAUCUUCAGUAAAAGAUCAAUUUUCGAAGUCGUUCUCGAAAAUAGUCGCGGCUUUGAAUUAGAAGCAUUUUGAUGUGGACGUCUCUCUGGUCGAUGUUGCCUUGUUGGUGCAAGGUAUGAGCUUCUAGUUAGGGUUUGUUUUUAUAUAAUUACAUUUCCAUCCUCCAUGACUUGUAUUGACAAUAUACGUAUAUUGAAGUAUUUCAAGCUGGACACUUUGAUUGUUGGCCAAAGGGAUUGUAUUUAGGGAAGGGUUAGGGUUUGUGGACAUGUUUAAGCAGAUACUUGGUAGGCUUCCUCGGAAGCCAUCGUCAAAAUCUUCGCACAAUAACGCGAACAAUGACGGUGCGCUUCCGUCUACGAAUUCUUCAAAUUCCAAUUCCAAUUCCACAGGCGUUGGUCCAAACGGCAGCUCGAGAAGCACUGCGGUUCCUGGGAAAGCUUCGAAUUCAGGUUCUGGUACGUCUCGCUAUAGCAACGGGACUCAUGCUCCACCAUCGAGUAUGGUUAAGUCGAAUCAAGGGAAGAAAUCGGGUCCCAUGGCUGUCCAAGUGGGUCCGGUGCUGACUUCUGCAACGUAUGAAGCUUUGCCAAGUUUCCGGGAUGUUCAGAGCUCGGAAAAGCACAACCUUUUUAUUAAAAAGUUGAAUAUGUGUUGUGUUGUUUUUGAUUUCAGUGACCCAUCAAAGAACCUCAAAGAGAAGGAUAUAAAGAGACAGACAUUGCUUGAACUUGUUGAUUAUGUUUCCUCUGUAACUUCGAAAUUUAAUGAGAUCACAAUGCAGGAAAUUACAAAAAUGAUAGCUGCCAAUUUGUUUAGAGCCUUACCAUCCUCAAAUCACGACAGCAAAUUACCAGAUAUAUAUGACCAGGAAGAGGACGAACCUACAAUGGAACUGGCAUGGCCUCAUCUUCAGAUUGUGUAUGAGUUUCUUCUCAGAUUUGUGGCUUCGUCGGAGACAGAUGCUAAGCUUGCCAAAAGAUACAUUGACCAUGCUUUCGUAUUGAGAUUGCUUGAUCUCUUUGAUUCAGAGGACCAACGAGAGAGGGAGUACUUGAAGACAAUUCUACACCGCAUUUAUGGAAAGUUCAUGGUGCAUCGGCCUUUUAUCCGGAAAGCUAUAAACAAUAUCUUCUACCGUUUCAUAUUUGAGACAGAGAAACAUAGCGGGAUAGCAGAGUUGCUUGAGAUCUUGGGCAGUAUAAUUAAUGGUUUUGCCUUGCCUCUGAAGGAAGAACACAAGCUUUUCCUUGUCCGCGCCUUGAUUCCCCUUCACAAGCCCAAGUGCGUAUCAAUGUACCAUCAGCAACUUUCGUACUGCAUCACUCAGUUUGUGGAAAAAGAUGUCAAGCUGGCUGACACGGUAAUUCGAGGUCUUCUGAAGUACUGGCCUAUCACUAACAGUUCAAAGGAAGUUAUGUUCCUUAGUGAGUUGGAGGAAGUUCUAGAAGCCACCCAGGCUGCAGAAUUUCAGCGGUGCAUGGUCCCUCUGUUCCGCCAACUUGGUCGCUGUCUCAACAGCUCACAUUUUCAGGGUAUUGUUCCGGAGAAUUGCGUUUCUAAUGACCUCUUUCAAUCUGCCACAAGGUAGCUGAGCGUGCCUUGUUUCUGUGGAACAACGAUCAUAUAAGGAAUCUGAUCACACAGAAUUGUCAAGUGAUACUGCCAAUAAUUUUUCCUGCUUUGGAGAGAAACACACGAAGUCACUGGAACCAAGCUGUUCAAAG